AUGUCGCGAGCCGGAUUUACGACCAAGGUGCAAGUAAAGGUGUUGGAUACCAGCGAUCCAUCGUUGCCUCCUCUUGUGCUACAAAUAACGCAGAUGGUAGAUACUUACAUGUUGUGGAUUGGUGCCGCGGACAGCAACACAAACAUCGGCAACGGCACAAACGCGGUACUGAACGGAAAUCUAUGCAAAGAUUGGGCCUGUGCCAUGCCACCUAGAGUUUCCGGUGCCCCUUCCGCAGCGACCUCUUUAUUUCGAUCAUCAAAUUCUGACGUUGCAUUACCCAUGGCACAGCGUUUAGCGAAACGUUUUCAGAAGCAGAUCUUCUUAUCUGUGGACACUCCUACCGACUUCAGGACGAUGGGACAAGGACAUCGACUGGUUUUUGAGGCAGAAAGAGGGAUUGUAACUGCACUGAAAGAAAUAGAAAAGUUGGAGCAGAUCUCUGAGUGA